AUUUAAAAGUAAACAAACAAAAGUCAACAAAAUGGACUGCAGCAGCCACACGGAAGCGCCCGAAAGCUUCACGCGUAUUGAGGCAUUCUUGCAAUUGCUACCAGUGAAUGACAACAAUGCGCUGCAAAUUCUAGACCAACUGAAAGCUCUACGAAAUCUUUGUGCGGUAGAUCCAAUGCAUCAAAAUAUCAUAGCUGAACAUGAGGAAUUCAAUGCUCAGCUGCAUAAAUUACUAUUUAAUAACAGCACAAUUGAAAUUCCGCAAAAUAUACUGCUAAUAGCGCUACAGUUACUCGCGAAUGCUAUUGUGCAAAAUCCCAACUCUCAACGCAACAUUUGGAGGCAACAUGGCGAUGCAAUUGUUGAAUGUUGUCAUAAGCCACCACUUGGGCGGCAUACUGACAUACUCCUAAUGAUAAUGUACAAUGUGCUGAAAGGCGGUGCUGUUUCGAAUAUGGAGCAACAAUCGCUGGGUGCAUCGGUUUGCGUAUGGCAAACAAUUGUGCAGGAACGCAGUGAAGCCAGCUGCGAAUUUUUACACUUUAUUUUUGAGCAUUUCAUUGUAUACGGUGGACACAACACAGUGCGUUAUUAUGCACAUUUAACACCUAUGCAACGCAUUUCAUUCCUGGAGUACUUGGUGAAUUACCUACGACAAGAUAGUCCAAAUGGACGAAUACAUCAGUUUCUUUUAAAAUAUAUUACCAAAGAGUUCAACAUAAAAUCUGAUCGAAUUCUCGUGUGCAAGCGUGAUGGUACACAAGCUUCUGCAACUGUCGAAGCUGAUUCAUUACCAGCACGUGAGGGUUAUGCACUUUUGCGUGUGAUUGCUAGCGCGUCUGGCAGCGAGUUGUAUGGAGAUAGUUAUGCCAAGGAACAGUCGCUGUUUUUGAAUGUGAGUAGUUUGUUGCGUUGCUUAGCGCAGGUGGGUAAGCAGUCGCAGAAUAUUUUUACACCAAUGACAAAAUUAGAGGAAGUGGCACUCACAUCAGACAUUUCAAGAGAUUUCGAGUCGGAGGUUUCGUUUGAAUUGAAAACUUUAUUGGUGCGUUGCAUUGCAAAUUUGCUUUACAAGAACGCAGUCAAUCAAGGUUACUGCAUAGAUACACAGUUGCUGCCGACACUCUUGGAGUGUACCAAUAUGGAUGCACGAAAUCCACUUCUAAAAGAGUGGAGUGUUUUGGCCAUUCGCAACGCUUGCUUCGGCUGUCCAGAGAUACAGGCAAUGAUUGCGAAUAUGACAAAUCAAGGUGCUGCGCAGAAUGACAUUAUUGACGAAUUGAAUUUAGAUAUGGGUGCUUUACGCAUUAAGCCGAAUCGAGGAUGAAGAGUCUAUAAAUGUGGGAACUUUUUUAAUGGAGGAAUGUACUAAUAUAUUGUUAUUAUUUUUCAGUUUGUAUUACAUGCAUUACUGUUUUUUUUUAAGAUACGUUUUUACCAUGAUUCAAUAAUUAAAUAAUUAUUAUUGAAUCAUGCGGCUUUACAAGCCUUUUAAUAUUCUGAUCAAUUGCUCCUAUACAACUCAUAAAAAAAUAAAAUUUCUUAUCUUAAAAAAGAAGCUUCUUCAGGAUAGAAUUGUACUUGAAAGUUUGGCAUCAGCUGCCAAGUACCGACCGCUGUUAAAAAAGACCAGUGGUACUA